CCCCGGCUGCCGCAGCGCCCUGCUCAGAUGGACGGUUUCUGCCCUUUCCCCUCUUCCCUCAGGCGCGUUGCUGCUCACGGGCAGGGCAAGGGAGUCAGGCUGAGCUGCUGGGCACGCCCGCUUCACCGCUGGCGGCGGCCUGAAGGGCCUUGUGCUGCCUGCGUGGUGGCCUUCGGCCGACCUUGGGUGCUGCCCCGACCUUCCUGCUGUGCGUCGGGCUCUCUUUCUCGUCUGCGCCCCAGUGAGCACGGCUAACCGCAGACUUGUUUUGUUCGCGUUUGUUCAGGUGGCUUCUCGUGUGUGUGGGCAACUCUUUUUGCGUGAUGUGCUCUCUUUGUGUGAAAAAGGGAUUGAAGUUUGGGACAGCUAUGGGGGAGGAUGCAGUGACCGCACUACCAUGAAGCAUGGGCCAUCCUGUCACAUCUAAGGUUAAAAAAAUAAAAAUAAGGAUGAGCCCUGGUAUGUUUCUUGGGGCACUGUUCAGCCAGUGAAGACUGCUGUUAGGUCUGCAGACAGCUAAAGCAUCAGCCAAAUGCAAGUAAGAAAAACAAGCCUGUGAUCGGUAGGCUUACAUUUGCUCUGUAAAGAUCUUCAUCUCCAAAGGUUUGUUUUAGGAUGCACAGAAUUGAAACGGUUUGCAAACUGGUGUGCUUGAAGUGGGAAAGUUAGAUAACACCAAAGGCAGUAGUUGUUAUAUACACAAAUUCAUGCUAGAAGAAAAAAAAGGUGAGUAUGAACUCAGAUUCACUGAAUGCAGUUGGUUGAUUUGUUUCAAGAAAAUGACCUCUAUUUGUCUUUUUGUUUUUAGGAAAUAUUCAGAGUUAAUUAAAAUGUCUUCCAGCAAACCUCCCAAUGAAAAUGAAACAGCCAAAGAGAGAAUUCCAGGAUUGAGGGGUGUUCGAACAACCGCACUCUUCCGAGCUGUGAACCCAGAGCUUUUCAUUAAACCUAACAAACCUGUGAUGGCAUUUGGACUUGUAGGAAUUACCCUCUGUGUGGCCUACCUUGGUUAUUUGCAUGCAACAGUAGAGAACAAGAAGGAUCUCUAUGAAGCAAUUGACAGUGAAGGGUCCAGAUAUAUGCGGAGGAAAACUUCCAAGUGGGACUGAAGAGGGAAGGAAGGAAAUCUGCAGAUCGCAGAGUUUUUCAAAGCAACUACUAUUUUUUUUCUCUGUCCACUGAAAUAAUGGAUAAAUAUCUCUCUUGCCAUUUAAUCCAAUUUAAGUUCCAUUAUAAAUUUCAUGCCUGUAAAAAUAAAUCGUAAUUAAGAUAUAUACAAACAGUAAAGUGAUUUUAAGAAUUGUUGCCUGGGAUCUUCAAAGCAUGUCAGAAGAGACACAAUUGACUCUGAUGUGCAGACUAAACUGAUAAAUACCCAUAGAAAUUUAUAUGAUAGUUCAAGUCAUCUCUGUUUAAGGUGAAAACAAGGGUUUGGCUUUUAUUUUUUAAACAGGAGUCGUAUUACAUUGUGAAAAGAUGAAGUUGAUCUCUUGUUCUGUUGAAAGUUGAUAAUUACAAUGUUGCAAGUGAAAUAUUUUUUAAGAUAAUAUUAGAAAGAUCUGAUAAAGAAGUUGUUGAAGGGUUUUAUUUAAUGAAGGAAUGUGUAAAAUACUGACCAAAAUGAUCCUUGGGUUAUUCCUUAUUAUUAUUGGACAUCCUGUCUUACUCUUUUGAAGUACUUUUUCCCCUGGCUUCCUGAGGAAAUGAGACUUGUGCAAUUACUUCAUCCAUGUAUUUACCAGUUGUCUCAGCUCUGAUUAAAAUGUUUGAACCUUUUA